CCCAAAAAAAAAAAAAAAAAAAAAAAAAGUGAAGACGGACGUGAUAAAGAGGUCCCUUUUCUCUUUCUUUGUUUCUCCAUCGCUCCUCCAAUCUCUCUUUCUCUUUCUCUUGCCUUGUGGAAGAAGCAUGACCAGCUCCUCCGCUCCUUCUCGCAAGGCUCUGAGCAAGAUCGCAUGCAACCGGCUCCAGAAAGAACUUGUUGAGUGGCAGGUUAAUCCUCCCGCAGGUUUCAAACACAAAGUCACCGAUAAUCUGCAAAGAUGGAUUAUCGAAGUUGCUGGAGCUGCGGGAACUCUAUAUGCUAAUGAAAAUUAUCAGCUUCAAGUAGAUUUUCCUGAGCACUACCCUAUGGAAGCGCCGCAGGUUAUUUUUAUCCCUCCUGCUCCGCUGCAUCCCCACAUUUACAGUAACGGCCAUAUAUGUUUAGAUAUUUUGUAUGAUUCUUGGUCCCCAGCCAUGACUGUUAGUUCCAUCUGUAUCAGCAUUCUCUCCAUGCUAUCAAGCUCUACUGUGAAGCAACGACCUGCGGACAAUGAUCGCUAUGUCAAGAACUGUAGGAAUGGUAGGUCUCCAAAGGAGACAAGAUGGUGGUUCCAUGAUGACAAAGUGUAAUCAUAAUUAAUGACUAAAAUAUUGGCCUUUGAUUGGUGGGUCAAGAAAGUAGAUAGAUUGCAUUGCCUUCUGAAAGAAAGGUGGACCCCCUCCCUUUCCCCAAAACCAACCCUCUGCCCCCUGCCCCCUGCCCCCCGCGCCCCCAAAAAGGGGCAUUUCCAUUGCCCUACUGCAAAUGCUGUAAAUUUGCAAUCUCCAGUAUGUAUAGAGGAAGAGUAGUUUGUGUUUUUAGCAAAAUAGUUAUUAAGAACCUUACAGAAAGCCUGAUUGUGUUACUUGGAUAAUGUACUACUUCCUGCGUCUUAAAUCAUAAUCUUACUCUCUGAAUCUUCAUGUUA